UUCUUCCUCCCUCCUCCUCCCACCCCCACGUCCACCACUACCUCCAGCCCUCCUCUCCCUCCAGGCCUCCACGGCGUCGCGCGUCGGACUGCACGUCCGCCCAUUCCACUCCCUCCCGCCCGCUGGAUGCGCCCGGGCUGGCGGCGGGCCCGUCCGAGCCUGCGGCGGUACGUGCCACCACCACCAGCGGCGGCGGCGGAGUGCGGCCACCCCGGCAUCCGCGGCGGCAGCGGGAAGCCAUCCAGCCACGGCGAUGUGGGAGCGCAGAAGGUCGUAGCAAGGUGGUUUCCUUGAUUCGUGAAUCCUUCGAUCAAGGAUGGAGCGCCGGGCUUUGCUCCUCGGGGUGGCCCUGGCCUUUCUGCUGGCCUCCGGCUCCCAGGGCUUGAACCAUGAAGGAUGGCUUCUCCUGGAGCUGAAGAGCCAGAUAGUCGACACCCUCCACCACCUGGAUAGCUGGAACGCGAGGGAUCCAACACCAUGCGCGUGGAGGGGUGUCAACUGCUCGUCGGCGCCAACUCCAGCGGUGGUGUCUCUCGACCUCAACAACAUGAACCUGUCAGGCACCGUCGCGCCUAGCAUUGGCGGCUUGACUGAGCUGACGCGGCUCGAUCUAUCCUUCAAUGGAUUCUAUGGUCCCAUCCCUGCACAGAUUGGGAAUUUGUCGAACCUGGAGGUUCUUAACUUGUUCAACAACAACUUCAUCGGUAUAAUUCCCCCUGAGGUCGGGAAGCUGGCUAAGCUGGUCACGCUUAAUCUGUGCAACAACAAGCUCCAUGGUCCGAUACCUGAUGAGAUUGGUAAUAUGGUAUCACUUCAGGACUUGGUAGGGUACAGUAAUAAUCUCACUGGUUCACUACCUCAUUCACUCGGCAAGUUGAAGAACCUGAAAAAUAUUCGGUUAGGCCAGAAUCUUAUAUCAGGCAACAUUCCUGUUGAGAUAGGUGAAUGCCUGAAUAUAACUGUGUUUGGUCUUGCACAGAACAAUUUGGAGGGUCCUUUACCUAAAGAGAUUGGCAGGUUGAGUUUCAUGACUGACUUAAUCCUAUGGGGGAACAAGCUUUCAGGUGUUAUUCCGCCUGAGAUAGGGAACUGUACAAGUCUUGGCACAAUUGCCCUCUAUGAUAAUAAUCUAGUUGGUCCCAUACCUGCAACAAUUGGGAACAUCACGAAUCUUCAGAAGCUAUACCUUUACAUGAACUCAUUAAAUGGUACAAUUCCAUCUGACAUUGGGAAUCUUUCUCUUGCACAAGAGAUUGACUUUUCAGAGAAUUUCUUAACUGGAGGGAUACCGAAAGAGUUGGGCAACAUACCAGGCUUGUAUUUGCUCUACCUCUUCCAGAACCAGCUUACAGGCUCUAUUCCUACAGAGUUGUGUGGGCUGAGAAACUUGAGUAAACUUGAUCUAUCGAUCAAUUUACUCACUGGUCCGAUUCCAGCUGGAUUUCAGUACAUGAGAAAUCUAAUCCAAUUGCAACUCUUCAACAAUAAACUCACAGGCAACAUACCUCCAAGGUUUGGCAUUUAUAGCCGACUUUGGGUGGUGGAUUUCUCAAACAACAGUAUUACUGGGCAGAUACCGAAAGAUCUUUGCAGGCAGUCAAACCUUAUUUUGUUGAAUUUGGGGUCUAACAUGCUUACAGGGAACAUUCCCCAUGGAAUCACAAACUGUAAACCAUUGGUGCAGCUUCGUCUUGGCAACAACAGUCUGACAGGAAGCUUCCCUACUGAUCUCUGCAAUCUGGUAAAUUUGACAACAGUUGAGCUGGGUCGAAACAAAUUUAGUGGCCCAAUUCCUCCUCAGAUAGGCAAUUGCAAGUCUCUGCAAAGGCUAGACCUUACAAAUAAUUAUUUCACGUCAGAAUUGCCUCGAGAAAUUGGUAAUUUGUCAAAACUCGUUGUCUUCAAUAUCUCAUCUAACAAACUAGGAGGAAACAUACCACUGGAAAUUUUCAAUUGUACAGUGUUGCAACGACUUGAUCUCAGCCAGAAUAGCUUUGAAGGUUCGUUGCCAAAUGAAGUUGGUAGACUGCCACAACUAGAGCUGCUAUCUUUUGCUGAUAAUAAGCUAACUGGACGGAUACCGCCCAUUCUUGGUAAACUAUCACAUUUGACAGCACUGCAGAUUGGUGGCAACCAGUUAUCUGGUGAAAUCCCAAAGGAGUUGGGUUUGCUGUCAAGCUUGCAGAUUGCCUUGAAUUUGAGCUACAACAACCUCUCUGGCAACAUUCCAUCAGAGCUUGGUAACCUUGCACUGUUGGAAAGUUUAUUUCUUAAUAACAACAAGCUGACUGGUGAAAUCCCAACUACAUUUGCCAAUCUGUCCAGUUUACUUGAGCUCAAUGUCUCCUACAAUUAUCUCACUGGUGCCCUCCCGCCAAUACCACUUUUUGAUAAUAUGGCUGUGUCCUGUUUUGUUGGAAAUAAAGGACUAUGUGGUGGACAACUUGGUAGAUGUGGAUCCCAGUCAUCAUCUAUUUCCCAGUCAUCCAAUUCAGUCAGUCCUCCUUUGGGCAAGAUCAUAGCAAUUGUUGCGGCUGUCAUUGGAGGGAUUUCACUUAUUCUUAUUGCAAUAAUUGUGUACCAUAUGAGAAAACCAAUGGAGACAGUAGCACCCUUGCAAGACAAGCAACUUUUUUCAGCUGGUUCUAACAUGCAUGUUUCUGCUAAGGAUGCAUAUACAUUUCAGGAAUUGGUCACUGCUACAAAUAACUUUGAUGAGAGUUGUGUUAUUGGAAGGGGAGCUUGUGGGACGGUGUACAGAGCCAUCCUGAAGGCUGGACAGACAAUUGCAGUAAAGAAGCUUGCUUCUAACAGGGAAGGGAGCAACACAGACAACAGCUUUCGUGCAGAGAUUCUGACUCUUGGAAAGAUAAGACAUCGUAACAUUGUGAAGCUGUACGGUUUUAUAUAUCACCAAGGUUCCAACCUUCUACUCUACGAGUACAUGUCAAGAGGCAGUCUUGGUGAGCUACUUCAUGGACAAUCAUCUUCUUCACUUGAUUGGGAGACACGCUUCAUGAUAGCUCUUGGAGCGGCUGAAGGGCUUUCGUAUUUGCAUCACGAUUGCAAGCCUCGCAUCAUCCACCGUGAUAUCAAAUCCAAUAACAUUUUACUUGAUGAGAACUUUGAAGCCCAUGUUGGUGAUUUUGGGUUGGCAAAGGUGAUUGACAUGCCAUACUCGAAGUCAAUGUCCGCAAUUGCAGGUUCAUACGGCUAUAUAGCCCCAGAAUAUGCUUAUACCAUGAAGGUUACUGAAAAAUGUGACAUAUAUAGCUAUGGAGUCGUGUUGCUGGAGCUGCUAACUGGGCGUGCACCUGUGCAACCCUUGGAACAGGGAGGUGAUCUAGUAACAUGGGUGAAAAACUACAUCAGGGACAAUUCUUUAGGUCCAGGGAUACUUGAUAAAAAUUUGGAUUUAGAAGACCAUAGCGUCGUCGAUCAUAUGAUCGAGGUCUUGAAAAUUGCCUUGGUAUGUACUAGCUUGUCUCCAUACGAUAGACCACCGAUGCGUCAUGUUGUAGUUAUGCUAAGCGAGACUAAAGAUAGGACCAGGGUGAGCUCUGCCUCCUCACCUGCCUCUGAUGAUUCUUCAAAGAAGGAUAGCUCAUUCGCCCCUCUCUUGGCGGCCAUUGCCAUUGGAUGCCACAGAAAAAGUUGGCAAUGGACGGUGACUUUCCAACAGAUCGGCGCGUCAGCCUUUCGUCACAGCUUCAGAGCACAAGCGGCAUCAGUCGCCGGCGGCUCAGUGGAAGUGCUUGAGUCCACUCCACCCACCCACGCACCCAACAGAUCAGCGCCUCCAUCCAUCGCCAUGGCGUCGGAAGAGAAGGUAAGCCCACACGUCAUCCUCUUCCCUUUCCUGGCGCACGGCCACGUCCCCGCCUUCCUCCGCCUGGCCGACCUCCUCCGCGCGCGCCGCCCGGGGCUCGAUGUCACGCUCGUCUCCACCCCGCGCAUCCUGGGCUCCCUCUCCCUCCCGCCGGCGUCCCCUCCCCUGCGCCUCCACGCGCUCCCCUUCUCGCCCGCCGACCACGGCCUGCCCCCGGGCGCCGAGUCCCUCGCCGACAUCCAGGUCCACCAGUUCAUCACCUUCUUCCAGGCCUCCGAGUCGCUCCGCCCCGCGUUCGAGGAGUUCCUCUCGGGCUUCGGUUCCCGUUCCCCGGUCUGCAUCGUCUCCGACGCCUUUUUCGGGUGGACGGCCGACGUCGCGCGCGCGCGGGGCGCGCCCCACGCCGUGUUCCUCCCGGGCGGCGCGUUCGGCAACGCCGUGUUCUUCUCCGUGUGGGAGCACCUCCCGCACGCCCGCACGGCCGCCGACGAGUUCCCGCUGCCGGACUUCCCGGGCGUCGUGCUCCACCGCACGCAGAUCCCGAGGUACAUGCUCCCCGCGACGGGGGCGGACCCCUGGACGGCCUUCUUCCGGCGCGUCAUCGCCUUCUGCCGCAAGACCGACGCGGUCCUCGUCAACACCGUCCGGGAGCUGGAACCCUCCGGCCUCAACAUGCUCCGAAGAAGCCUCGGCGUCCAGCCGAGGCCGAUAGGGCCGGUCCUCGCGGCGCCGGCCCCGUCGGACUCGCGGGACGACGCCAGCAUCUUCCGGUGGCUGGACGCGCACCCGCCGCGCUCGGUGCUGUACAUAUCCUUCGGGUCGCAGAACAGCAUCAGCGCGGAUCAGAUGAGGGAGCUCGCGCUGGCGCUGGAGGCGAGCGGCCGCCGCUUCCUCUGGGCGCUCCGGCCGCCGCUGGGGUCCGACGCGAAGGGCGCGUUCGAUCCCGAGUGGCUCCCGGCCGGCUUCGAGGAGCGAGCGGCGCGGGCGAGCGCGGGGCUGGUGGUGCGCGGGUGGGCGCCGCAGGUGCGGGUCCUGGCGCACCCGUCGACGGGCGCGUUCCUGACCCACUGCGGGUGGAACUCCGUCCUCGAGAGCCUCUCCCGCGGCGUGCCGCUGCUCGGGUGGCCGCUGGGCGCCGAGCAGUUCUUCAACGCGAAGCUCGUGGCCGAGUGGGGCGUCUGCGUGGAGGUGGCUAGGGGCAACUUGGAGAGCUCGGCGGUGGAUAAGGAGAAGGUUGCGGGGGCCGUGCGGACGGUGAUGGGGGAGAAUGCGACGGGCGAUGAGAUGAGGAGAAAGGCGGCGGCGAUCGCGCGCGCCAUGGCGGCCGCGUGGGAGGCGCCUGGCGGGUCGGCGGCGGAGAGCUUGGAAGGGUUCCUGAGGUGCGUCGAGGCGUCCGUGCGCCGGUAUGCCCCGCUUUGAGAUUGGUGCGCUAGUAACCGGCACCUCUGUAACGUCCAACUGUCCAAGCCGUGGGUCAUUGUUGUUGCGUCUCCAAGCAGGGAAAGGAGGCAAACCUUGAUGCAUUUCACUGUCCAUCCGAUCUGUAUAGGCAAAGAUAUGCCGCACUCAACUUUUCAUUGG